AUGUUUUCCAUUCAGCUAACGCGUAUUCGAUAGUAGAUGUUAAUUUUUUUAUUCUCACGUUAAACACACGUCUUAUAAAAAAUUGCGCGCGAUGUACGUAUAAAUAUAUAUUUUUCCUUUCAAUUAUUGUAAAAAAAAAAAAACAAAUAUAUCGUGAUACCGAUGUUCUGUGAUGCCAAUUAAUCAUGGUAGCCCUAGGCAUGAUGGCAUGCAUGACCUUCACGUUGUUUUGGGGUAAAAAUCCAUUUUCCGCUACAAUGACGCCCAGGGGUCGAUGCGAAGGUUGUUGUCCAAUAAACGAAAAAGAGGACAUCGCAUUUUUUUCAUACUCGAGGAACAACCCUUUUCGUCCGAGACGCAUUUAUAUCGGUGACGAUGUUUCCCUGCGUCGAGCCAAUAUGAUGAAAAAUUUGACCACCGUGAUCUAUGUUCACGGGUUUACAGAGCAAGGGAACUCCAAGGGUGCGGAGACCAUGAAAAAAGCGUAUUUGCACCGAGGAGGAGUAAAUAUUAUAAUAGUCGAUUGGAGUCCUAUGUGCGCUUUCCCGUGGUAUAGUCACGCAGUACUCAAUACGCGUAUAGCCGCUAAAUAUUUGGCAAAGUUCAUCGAAUAUUUAGUGUCGAGAAGGUUCUAUCUGUCCAAAAUACAUUUAAUUGGAUUUAGUCUGGGCGCUGAAAUAGCCGGGUUCACUGGMAAAAAUCUUAAAAUCGGAAAACUUCCAAGAAUCACAGGGCUCGAUCCGGCUUUUCCACUGUACAUGUGGACCGGAAAGAUGGGACACCUGACGCCUUCGGACGCCGAGUUCGUGGACGUGAUACACACCGACGGCGGGGUGUUCGGAUUUCCGGUAGCCCUAGGUCACGCUGACUUUUUCCCGAACGGAGGUUUUCCACUGCAACCCGGGUGCACCCUGCAGGAGCUGUCGAAGAACAACCUAAUCACCAGAAUCAUGGCUUGCAGUCACGACAGGGCGUGGGAAUAUUUUGCUGAAUCGGUCAUCAAUCCAAUCGGAUUUCCUUCGUUGCGAUGCCUAAACUACGAAUCGUUUACAAAUGGCUCGUGUUUCAGAGACUUCGCGUAUGCCAAAGAACAAAAAGUCCAAUACAUGGGAUUGGCAGUCAACAAACAGAUCAGGGGACAAUUCUACUUGGCUACGAAGCCGACGGCACCGUUYGCGUACAAUAAAAUAUACAAACCUUAACACCGUGUUUGUAGAACUGUUUUUUAG